AUGACGGCCGACGACACGCCAGCGUCCACCUUUAGGUACAAUGAGAAGCCUACCUACACCACUUCCAGUGGUGCUCCCAUUGACAAUCCCUCGGGCUGGCAGCGCCCAGGCACCAUUGGACCGCUGCUGCUCCAGGACUUCCACCUGAUUGACUCUCUCGCCCACUUUGAUCGCGAGCGUAUCCCCGAGCGUGUCGUCCAUGCCAAGGGCGCUGGUGCAUAUGGUGUCUUUGAGGUCACUCACGACAUCUCCGACCUCACUUCCAUCAACAUGUUUGAUACUGUUGGCAAGAAAACCAACUGUAUCGCACGCUUCUCAACUGUUGGUGGAGAGAAGGGCUCUGCCGAUACCGCCCGUGACCCCCGCGGCUUCGCCAUCAAAUUCUACACAGACGAAGGCAACUGGGAUUGGGUCUACAACAACACUCCCGUCUUCUUCAUCCGUGACCCUACCAACUUCCCCCUCUUCAUCCACACCCAGAAGCGCAACCCCCAAACAAACCUCAAAGAUGCUACCAUGUUCUGGGACUAUCUCUCUACCCAUCAAGAGUCCAUCCACCAAGUCAUGACUGUCUUCUCCGAUCGAGGAACUCCCUACUCGUACAGACAUAUGAACGGAUACUCAGGCCACACCCACAAGUGGACUAAGCCUGACGGAUCAUUUGUCUAUACCCAGGUCCACCUCAAGACCGAUCAAGGCAACAAGACAUUUACAGGAGAAGAAGCCGCCAAGAUGUCUGCUGAGAACCCGGACUGGAACACUCAAGAUCUUUUCGAGGCCAUCCAGAAGGGAGAUUACCCCAGCUGGACCGUCUACGUCCAAGUGCUUACACCUGAGGAGGCAGAGAAGUUCCGCUGGAACAUCUUUGACUUGACCAAGGUCUGGCCACAGAAGGACGUGCCCCUCAGGCAGUUUGGCAAAUUCACCCUCAACAAGAACCCUGAGAACUACUUUGCCGAAAUUGAACAGGUUGCCUUCUCUCCCUCUCACUUGGUGCCUGGUGUUGAGCCCUCCAUCGACCCUGUCCUCCAGUCCCGACUCUUUUCUUACCCUGAUACCCAUCGUCACCGUCUUGGAACCAACUAUCAGCAGAUUCCCGUCAAUGCUCCACUCAAAGCAUUCAACCCCUUCCAGCGUGAUGGCGCUAUGGCUAUCAAUGGCAACUACGGCGCCAACCCUAACUAUCCUAGCUCUUAUAGACAACUGACUUACAAGACUGUCAAGCCCACCGUGACACACGAGAGUUGGUCUGGUGCUGCUGUCCACGAGCUUUUCCAGGAAGUAAAUGACGACGACUUCGUCCAGGCAAAGGGUCUCUGGGAUGUGCUCGGCCGCACCCCUGGCCAGCAGGAAAACUUUGUCUCAAACGUCUCUGGCCAUCUGGCGGCUGCUCACCAAGAUACCCGUAACAGAACAUAUGAGAUGUUUUCACGGGUGGAUAAGGCCUUGGGCGCCUCCAUCCAGGAACAGACAGAAAAGCAGGUCAAAUAA